CCGACAGUUCCGUGGGGACCCGUCAGCAGCCCCUGAGGACUCGCAAAAGAACCCAGUGCGACUCUUGUCCUUGGGCUGGGUGCCAUGGACGCCUUCAUCCGCUUCACCAACCAGACCCAGGGCCGGGACCGACUCUUCAGAGCCACUCAGUACACAUGCAUGUUGCUUAGAUAUUUGUUAGAGCCUAAAGCUGACAAACAGGAGGUUGUUACGAAGCUCAAGAAACUGGAGUCCAGUGUGAGCACUGGCCGUAAAUGGUUCAGACUAGGCAAUGUGGUACAUGCUGUACAGACGAUUCAGCAGAGCAUUCAUGCCACUGACCUAGUGCCCCGCAUCUGCCUAAUAUUAGCCAGCCUGAACCGUGUGAUUUAUUUCAUCUGUGACACCAUCCUUUUUGUGAGGAGCGUAGGGCUCGCCUCUGGCAUUAACAAAGAGAAAUGGCGAAUGUGGGCUGCACGCCAUUACUACUAUUCUCUUCUGCUGAGCCUGGUCAGGGAUCUGUAUGAAAUCUCCCUGCAGAUGGAACAGGUUGCACACGACAGAGCAAAGAAGGAGAAAUCACCAUCCCAGGAUCCUCUUGUGUAUAGCGUGGCUGAUGAGGAAACAGAAUGGCUCCAGUCCUUUCUUCUUCUCUUAUUCCGAUCUCUGAAGAAGCAUCCUCCCUUGCUCCUGGACACAGUGAAGAACUUCUGUGAUAUCCUGAACCCUUUGGACCAGCUGGGGCUCUAUAAGUCCAAUCCUGGCAUCAUAGGCCUUGGAGGUCUCGUGUCCUCUAUAGCAGGCAUCAUCACUGUGGCGUAUCCUCAGAUGAAACUGAAGACCCGCUGAGGUGGUUUCAGGCUGAAGACUAGUACCUGCUUUGAAGACAACCUUUUAGUGAAAUGGACAUUUGCAUUAGGCACAGCCAUGUCAUACUGUGCUUACAGACUUAGUCACAUGGGCACUGAGUGACCUGUGAUGUGAACAGAGGUGGGGCCAAGAACGGUGGAGGGAAGAACGUGAAGGUUUAUGUGUUUUCUAGAGUGCUGGAGUGACUUCUGAAUUUCUGAGUAUUUUUCCUUCAUCUAACAUUUAUCGAGCAUCUCUUAUGUGCAUAUUAGGAACUUAGUGGUUGCUGAAUGGAUAAAAAUUAAGAGAAAAAUUGAAAAAGAUCCAAACUAACAAGUGGACACUAAUAUAAGCAACUUUUGGGCCAUGUGCCUCACUACUUUUGCCCAACUACAGUAGGUCUGAUACACACCCUCUCUCAGAUUUAGUAGAGGCACCUUAUUCUCUGAUCAGUUAUCCCACUUCCUCCAUAGCUACCAGUGCCAGGAUGGAGGAGAGCUGGGUUUAUAGCCUCUUAACUUGGCUUUUACAUCACUGCGCUCCUGUCUUUCCUCUGUCCAGUAGUAAAAUCAGAAGUGCAUCAGGUACCUUCAUGGUAUAAAUUGUGUCUUUAGGUAGCGCAGUAAGGAAACAAAAAAUCAGAAGCAGAUAGAAAGGACUUGAGGUAAAAAUAAUGUGGAAGGUUACAGUUGGUGCCUGCAGGUUUCCCUGUGACAGAUGAGGAGACUUGAGGUUAAAACUGAGGACAGAACCUCAUUUCUCUGACUCCCAAUCCAGUGCUCUUUCCAUAUUUCACUGCCUUCCUGAUUGAGUGGAAGUGCAAGACUCUCCAGAAUCCUGUGCGAAAAGCCUUUUUUAGAACCUUUGUUGGUCAGUGGUUUAUAUUCUAUUCUACAAAAAUUAAAACUAUAUCUAGAUCCACCAGCAGGAUUGUUUUAUUUAAAACCAUAUAACCUUUUGGGCACUUACGCGUUAAUUUUCAUCCAAAUUUGUGCAGUUAAGAAAUUUCACGAAUACGAUGAAAUUCUACUAUAUUCGACAAUAAAUCAGAGUUCAUAUUUGUAGGGUGGUUGGGGGAGGUGGAGAAGAGCAGUAAGGGGCAAGAGAAGAGGACAGUAGAACGAUGAGUCGAUGCCACUUACUCGUGUUCUUCUCAUCUUGGAUGUUGGGUUCUUAUUUGUGAUUACAGAUCCUCUUAAUUUGAGGCAAGUGAGGUAGAGAAAUAGGGUACCAUCAGGUAGGAGGUCAGUGUCAGUCCUGCCAGUAAAGCCAUCUGACAGGACUGGAUGGAAAGGAGAAAAGAAAUGUGCACUAAGUAAAUUUCCCAUAAAUGUGAUUGAGAUUCUUAAAAAGUAGACUCAGGUCCUUGGCUCUCUAUUUUUAAAGUGUCCAAUCAAGAUAUGGGAUUUGAGAAAGAACAUUUCAGGAAUUUUAAGAGAAAUAAAAGCUGCUAGAUCAGGGCAAAUAAAAAAUUUAACUAUUUUUGCUUUGUCCAGAUCUUCUAGUGUAAUAAAUUAUGUCUAAUAAAUUUAUAGACAAAAUUUA